CAUUAUGACCAUAUUCACCCAUGUGUUUUAUCUCUAUGUGAAAAGAACGUGACAUCCAUCAUCCUCUUUUUUUUUUUCUGUUGUCAGCUGAAAUGAAAGCUCAUUACUUAAAAUGGAGCCCUCUCAGCUGCUGGUGAUUGUAUUACUGAAUGCUGAUGUGACUGUCAAUAUGGGUGUUUUGGCUCUUGGAGAUUACAACACAGUUUACAGCCUGCUAUUAAUUAGUAUUCCUUUUCAGUCUCGGAGAUUUUUAUCUAUUAUGAAGUGAGCUUUGAACAUUUAACAGCAAUAUCAUUGUUUUAAUAUAAUUUAUAUUACAUUAUACUCGUGAGACCCCAUCCCAUUUUGGGCUGGCUUUGUAAUGAAAAACUGUAGGCCUGUUCUGAUAACCUUUUUUUUAAUAACCUUUUUUUUUUUUUAAACCUCCUGUUGACUCCACAGCAUUUAUAUUACAUCUUCUUAAGGAGUUUUGUUAUUCCAGCAAUGUGCUAUAAUUAGGUAUAUGAAAGACAGAGGGUAUCAGAGCCUCAGUUUUCACCACUGAUCUUGGGACUUCAUAAAGGGGCUACAGAUGGACUUUUCAUCAAUGUCUACGGCUGAACAUUCGCAAAAUGUCCUCUGCUUUUCUUUUUGUACCUUCUUUCAGUUCAGCUUUAAGCAGACAAAAAGCUGGUUGCACAACACCCCGCAGUAUUUACCUCCAUUUACCUCCUCCACAAGCGGACAUCGUGAGAAGUAGGACAUUUACUGAAUGAGGCCAUUUUGUUUUUAAGCAGGAACUCUGAAAGGCUUUCUUUAGAAAAAAAAAUCACUACCGUUUCAAACAUAUCCAGAGGGCAAAAGAAGAAAAUAAACUCAGAUGGCUGGAGCAGAUUUGGUCAGGACCAAGAAGCUGGCAACUGUACUCCUGUUUCUCUCAUGCCUGGUACAGCGUAAAUCACCUCCUGACAGCUCCUUGCAUUUCAGAUAAUUGUUGGGCAGUGGCAACCCACAACAAAGCUCUGCAGUUUGUAUGUUGCAACAUGCCUCUCCCGGGGAAUAGCAAUUGUGCCCGUAGGCCCUAAGCUGGCUCCGGACACCUGUUAUUUGAGAUACAACAGCAAAAAUGCUUCUAAAAGUCAAAGAAAUCCUUGCAGCAAUGCUAUAUGCCCAGAGACCAUUAUUUCAGAUAUUUAUAUAUGAAAGCUGUUGGUGUGAUCGAGCAUGCACCCUUGGCCUUGCUGUGCUUCUGCACAGCAGUGGUUGCAUCCAUUAAAAUACUGUAUUAUCAGAUAGAUUCAAAGGAAGCUGAGGAAACACUGGCCUAAAAACCUGUAAACCAAACUGAAUUCCCAGAGCCACACCACAUUUCCUAGAGCUGCUUAUGAGAAACCCAUGAGGAGACCAUAUUUACUUUCAAUUUUGUUCUCCCAUCUUCUUUCAUAGAAUCCUAGAAUAGUUAGGGAUGGAAACGACCUUAAGAUCAUCUAGUUCCAACCCACCCUGUCCUGUUGCAUAUAGUUAAGAGGGGAAGCAGGAAAAUCUCUUAAAACAAUGUCAACAAAUGUGAGUCUCAAAUGUUACUACAGACUCACAAUUUCAUCAGGAAUCUCUUUGCAGUUGUGGGGUUGGGUUAUUUUAAAGUAUUUGCUCCUGGAAUUGGACUGUUUCAUCAAAGCUUUGUUUUCUUUCCUUUUUUUUUUUCCUCCCCUUUUAAAAAACAAUCUAGUCCUCAUGGCUGCUAGGGAAAUGAAAGCAUGACCACAAAAUAACUAAAAGGAUUUAAAAAAACAGGCAGGGACUGGGGAGGGAAAAGCGUUUGAGUACUGCAGCUUUCAGAGCCAGCUCAUAACACCAUCAUCAUGCAGUGCUAAUAAGCCUUGCCAGGCUGGACUUUGAUCUGUGCACAGCAGCUUGAGAGUGCACAGAGCUGCUGCCUAAUGAAAACUGCACACAGAAAGACGGGGGGGUGGUGGGGAGAGAGAGAAAAAGUAGUUUUCCCCUUUUGGGGAAACAAACAGCUUACAUCGCUUUCAGUUUAUGCCAACAGUUCCACUGUAUGUUAGUUAUUAAAGAGCAUUACGUGUGUGUGGCCAACAACAGUAAGGUUUUUCAGAAUUACUUGAGCAAAAUUAUUACUUUGGGUUUUCCCUGCAGCUUUCUGGAUGGCAACAGGAGCAGCAGCAAGGCUUUAAAAGGUCACUUAGGCAGAAAAUUCAUACAGGGUGAAGUAACAAACCAAGAGAUUAUUUUUUUGCUUUUCAUUUACAAUAAUCACAGCCUGUUUAGCUUUAGUGUUGCAAACUGAUUUGUUCCAGGAUUUUGCAUCUGCUUUCAUGAGAAUGUUGGGAUGAUUCAUUUCCACAAGUUAUUGCCAAAAAGAAAUUAAAAAAAAAUAAAAAUAACCAAAGAACACUGAGGCAUGAUGGCAGAGCGCCUUACCAACAUUUUGAACACGCAUCGCAACCGCUUCCUCCUGUUCCUGGACCUUGCAUGAGAGUUAUCCGCCCGGCCCAGCAAGUCAUCCCAAAUUACUCAGACCUUCAUGCUGCCCAAGGCACCAGAGGCCGACCACCCCAGAGGAUAUGCCCCUCCCCUGGUCCUCCUCCAUUCCUAAACCAGCUAUACAACCAGCUACCUAAUGGCCAGCUGCCCCCCAAGGCAUGUGGCUCAGAUGAAGCAUGUUGUUGUCCUUGUGACAAUUUUCCAUCUCCAGCUGCCGUCCCGAGACCUCUCAGUAACCCUGCAGCCAAGGGAACUCUGAGAACCAGCAAUUUGCCGGAGGAGUUGCGCAAGGUCUUUAUAACCUAUUCGGUAGACGCAGCAGUGGAGGUUAUGAAAUUCGUGAACUUCCUGCUUGUAAAUGGAUUUCAAACUGCUAUUGAUAUAUUUGAGGACACGGUACGAGGUAUUGACAUCAUUAAGUGGAUGGAGCGGUACCUAGGUGAUAAGACGGUGAUGAUAAUCAUAGCAAUCAGUCCAAAAUACAAACAGGAUGUGGAAGGGGCUGAAUCCCAGCUGGACAAGGAUGAACACGGCUUACAUACUAAGUACAUCCACAGGAUGAUGCAGAUCGAGUUUAUACAACAAGGAAGCAUGAACUUCAGAUUCAUCCCUGUGCUUUUUCCACAUGCCAGAAAGGAACACGUGCCUACCUGGCUGCAGAACACUCACAUUUAUAACUGGCCGAAGAAUAAGAAGAACAUCCUUUUGCGGUUACUGAGGGAGGAGGAAUACAUUGCUCCUCCGAUAGGACCUUUACCAACACUCCAGGUUGUACCGUUAUGAACAUUAUUGCUUAAAGUGCACGACAAGCAGUUGUUAAAGGGUUGUUCUUGGCAGGGAGCCAGUGCUCUUCCAGAUGGCUCUUUUUGAUGACAGAAGACACUCUUUCUGCUAAAGGGAUUGGUUGUUUUGGGUAACUCAGGCUCGGCUUGGUCUCUACUAUGAUAAACAUCUAUUUCUGAAGCUGAUGGGGCAGAACUCUCUUCUCUAGAGUUUUAAGAGCUGCACAUGGAAAGAAUGCCCAGUUUUAUUUUAACAUCUGUUUUUAACAUAUUCCUUUAUUAGUCGAUAUAGCAAACAAAUACCAGAAAUAAUGUUGCAAUAAGUGUAAAAUAAAAAUUACAUCCUUCUCUUUGCUCAGGGUUUCUUUAAAGAUAUUCCUGCCUUGUAUAGCAUUAUUGAAUAGUUAAUUUGUAUAUACACUAUUAAAUAUAUUUGCCUUUUGUAAGGGAACCCUA